CCCGCGCCCGCCCAGCCUCCCGCCGCCGCUCCGCCGCCGGCCAUGGCCAAGGACCAGCUGAAGCCGCGGCUGUGCCGAAUGCUCAAAGGGGAGAGCGGCUACGGCUUCCACCUGCACGGCGAGAAAGGCAAGAGCGGCCAGUUCAUCCGCAAAGUGGAGCCCGGCUCGCCCGCCGAGGCGGCGGGGCUGCGCGCCGGGGACCGCGUCGUCGAGGUGAACGGGCACAACGUGGAGCAGGAGACGCAUCACCAGGUGGUGCAGCGCAUCAAGGCKGUGGAGACAGAGACACGCUUGCUGGUGGUGGACAAGGAGACGGAUGAGUACCUGUGCAGCCUGCGGCUCACCUGCACCGAGGACAUGGUGCACAACGGGAUCCUGCUCAGCUCGGCCGUGCCCCCCGCCAAGGCUCUGGCCAGCGACAACGGCGAGGUGUGGAAGCCACAGCUGGAGCUGAGCGGGGGCAACYUGCAGAGGCAUUCCCACAGCUUCUCCUCCAACGGCAGCAGGAAGGAUCUGAACGGCCAGAAGGAUCUGUGCCCACGUCUCUGCCACCUGAAGAAAGGCCCCAAUGGCUACGGCUUCAACCUGCACAGCGAGAAAUCCCGGCCGGGGCAGUUCAUCCGCUCGGUGGAUCCCGACUCGCCGGCCUCCCGGGCAGGGCUGCGGCCCCAGGACCGGCUGGUGGAGGUGAACGGGAUAAACGUGGAGGGCUUGCGGCACUCGGAGGUGGUGUCCCACAUCAAAUCCAGGGAGAGCGAAGCCAGGCUCCUGGUGGUGGACCCCGAAACCGACGAGUACUUYAAGAAGCUGGGGGUGACCCCCACGGAGGAGCACACCAAAGGUGUGGUGCCCCAGCCCAUGACCAAUGGAUCUGCACAGACCCAGCUGAACGGAGGAUCCACAUCAUCAUCUCACAGCGACCUGCAGAGUCCCGGGAAGGAAUCMGAGGACGGGGACACGGACAAGAAGGACCCGUUUGAGGAGAGUGGGCUGAGCCUGAGCCCGACGGCCGCCGAGGCCAAGGAGAAGGUGAGGGCCAAGCGUGUGAAGAAGCGAGCGCCGCAGAUGGACUGGAACAAGAAACGGGAGAUUUUCAGCAAUUUCUGAGCCCUGCUGGGGGUCGCCGUCCGCUCUCCUCCCGCCCCAGCUCGGACGUUUCGGAGGUGCCUACGCCCUGUCCUUCAGUGUCCACGUGAGAUGCUUUGUGCUCUGCUCUUCACUGGUUGCUUUUACAAGGCGUAUUUUAAAGUCCUUUUUAUUUUUAUUUUUUAUUAUUAUUGUUAUUAUUAUUAUUAUUGUUACUCACCAGCGAUUCUCAUAAGACAAACGUGACCAAAGCUCCUUUUCUUGCUUGCUCUUGAGCCUGGCUCCAGCUGCCCACCGUCCCCCGUUCCUAUGAGAAAGGACUGGAAGAAUUUUAACUCUUGUUUCUUACCCGCAUCAUUUAGGCUUCUGUURCUUCUUUUUUACUUUUUAUGAGGGGUGUUUUGGGUUUGUGGGUGUCCCAGACUGAGCCCCAUGGGAUGCUCUGUGCCCUGUGUAAAUGGCUCACGGUGGGUGCCUGCAGGCUGGGGGUGCCAGGGACYCCGUCCCCAGCUCCCAAUGCCCAGCUACUCCCACCAUGGGAAAAUGGACUGUGGCUGGAAAUCUCUUGUUGGCUUUGCUAUUGAAGCAAAAAUGAUUGUUUUGUUGUUUUUUUGUUUUUUUUAAUGAAGUCCCAUGUGUUUCCAGUUAGCUUAGAAACCUCCCCCCACCAGCAGCUCCUGCCCCAGCAGUAAAAGCUCGUUUUUCAUCCAGACAGCUCUGCAGUGGGGAGGAGGGCAGGGUUUAAAAGCAAUCCCCAUCUGCAGCCAUGGAUGUGGCAGGGGAAGGAGAGUGCAGGGCCGUUCCCGCCCCAUGGAGCACGAAGAUGAGAACCAYGAGAUGCUACAAAAACUCAUGGACAGAGCUGGAAAUGAGGACAACAUCUGCUUCCAGGAGAGAACACGGGGAUGCACCUCCAGCUGCAGGCUCGGCGCUGAGGAGCRGGGCUGGCUGUGGCUGGAGCUUUUCCAGGUCCCACCUGGGAUGGGAUUUGGUGUCUCCAGCCCGGGAGUGUCUCACCAGUGGAAGGACAUCCUCUGCAGCUGUGGGGUGUUUGUGGAUAUGAGGCAGGCACUGGUGUGAUGGGGUGGGCAGCAGCUUGGGCUUCCUGUGGCCUCCUUCAAACCCCCACUCUCGGCAUUCAAAGUGUAUCUUUAAAGCAUUACAGAUUAAGUCCAUUUAAGCUCUUUAUUAUUGCCUUUGGCUGUGUGAGCGAAGGUGACUCAGCUGAGCUGUUCCCAGGGCAGGGGCUGGAGCUCUCCCACUCCCUGCCAGCUCCAGCAGCAAUCCCAGCCCUGCUGUGGGAAGGGACUGGGAGUACAAACACACUUUUCCCAGCUGAGAGCAAACGGCAGCGAUCACCUGGCCAUGGAUGAGGUGUGAACACGGAGCUGUGGUCGUGCCCUGCCUUGCUCCAGCUCUUCUGUGAUAAAAACCCUCGGGUGGUCAGUGUGCUACGGAUGUGGGAACGGCUCUGCACGGAUUUCCUAAGAUAUUUCCAAAACAUAGAGCUAAAAGGUGCCUUAUACCAUUCUCUGCUCUCCUCAGCAGCGGGCUGGGACUCAGCACGGGGUGUUCAGCUUCCCUGGGGAGCAGUUGGUGCCUGUGGCCCUUUGCUGCUGGCAGGAGAGCGUGGAGAGCCUCAGGGUGAAGGAGACGAGUUCUCUUGAUGAAAGUUAUAUUUCAGGAUUGUUGAUGGGCUGAACAGGUUGAAAACAAUGACUUUGGAGAGGAACUGGUGCAGGUGUUUGGCUGUGGGUGACGAGACAGGCAGUGGGAUGAUGGAAUGCAGAGAGGUUGCCUCUCCUUGGGGCUCUGCCAUUAACAAGACACCUCUUCCCUAUCCCACUUCAAAUUACCUGCUCUCUUUUUGGCCCCCAAAAUAUUAUCUUCUCUCUCUGGGUAAUGUUUGGAAGGUGCCCUUCUUUUCCAUGGUGUGCACAUUGCUUCCCAUGCCCACGUUGCCAAACCCCGGCAGCGCCCGGGCUGCGCAGGGCAGAGCAUUCCCAGGACACUCUGCACGGCAGAGAGCAGAGACCUGGUGUAAACACCCCAUUUCUCAUCCAAGAUUGCUGUAGUUGAGGGGGGAAAGAAAAAAAAAAAUCCACCUUGUGUAGUUUUGAAUGUAGAUCAAAAGAAAUCAGGUGUACGAAUCCGUACUGAUAGGAUUGAAAAUCUUAAUCUCCUUAGUCCAUGGAAACUGCUCCUGGUUGAAGCAUUACUGCAUUCCUGACAUCUUGUAGCUCAGUAGUAAUUAUUCAGUUCCUGUACAUUUAACUUGGAAAAGAAAAAUCAAUAAAGUCUAAGGCUGUCAGCAGCACUGCAAACCCACCCUGUACACUGUAAUGUCAGUAAUAAACUUGGUUUGCCAUGUA